UGAGCACAAUGAGUACCUAUAAGUCUGAACUAUCGAUAAUUAUGCAGUUUAUAUCGGAAUGUAUUUUGCGGGAAUAACAUAUAAUUUAAAUCCUGCGAUCUUGAUUGUUAAGGAAAUAUAAGGGAGAAAUAGAAGGUCAAUACGGGAGCCGGAGAAUCCAAAAAUUACAGAACAUAUUAGAGGAAAAAUUCACUCCAUGUCUUAUCAGUAUGUUUGGGAGUAAUAAAUGUUCGACUUCUGUAACGGGUAAACCUAAACAUUACAUAAGGAAUGAAGUGGUUGCUUUUGAGGAAGACCAAACUCAUGAAUUUAAGGGGCAUCGAAAUAUAAGUGUAGCAGAUGUGCCUCCGUGGUGUAUUAACGCUUCUAACAACACGAGUACACGAAAAGCAAUAUCGAGGAAUCUGUGCGGUUUCCUAAAUACUGGGUGUGGUGGCACCGUGUAUAUUGGAAUACUUGAUGGAGGAAGAGUUCAGGGUGUGCGACUAACACGAUAUCAACAGGAUCACUUGCUGCUCAGUCUUCAGGAUGCUAUGAAUGCUUUCAGGCCACCUGUUCCACGUUUCAUGUACACUACUGAAUUUGUACCAGUCCUUGAACCAGGAGAUGAAUAUCCAUAUCAGUUCCUACCUGUUUCUGAGAAGGUCCGAGCACAACCUCAUUAUCUUCGCUCACAUUUAUUCUGUUGGUGUGAUUAUGAUGCUUUAGGGAGCUUCAAUGGUGGUGUCAUUCCUAUGUCAUACGUUGUGGAAAUCAGUAUCAUACCAAUAUACCGUGAUGAUCCAUGGGUCCGAGCCUUUAUACCCGACUGUAAAAUAGCAACUAAUCCCAUAUUCCAAUGUGAAGAUGGCCAGAUCUACUUCAGGAAACAGUCUACACUUGUCACGCAGUAUUCAUUGCGGGAUGUGGAGCAGCUUGCCCGCGAGGAAGUGCUCCUGUACAGAAUGCCACAGUUGAUGAAAGCCUGGAAAGAUAUGAUGACAUAUAGGACACUGCAGCAACUUGUUGAUGAAGCCCUGGAUCAGAAGAAAGACAAUUCUUGCAACGAAGACCAAAAGAAAUGAGUUCACAUGUAUGCCAAUUAAUAUGACAGAAUCAGUAACAGUGAGCAGAUACUUUAACCAUACAUAAUGCUUUAACUGUAGUGGUUUGAAUGUCAUUUGAAUGUUUCACAUGUUCCAUAAAUAUUCAUAUUUAUGCUGGUUUACAUAAGUCGGAGUUAUUACUAAUCGUACAAUGUAAAAGUUUCAACUUAACAAAUUCAGGGAAAAAUUUAUGGGGCCAUGUUUAUUUCCGCCAAGUUCAAUAAAUGGUGAAACUAGCAAAUCUGUAUACUGUAUUAAUAAUUUACA